ACUCGAUGCUCCCUAGUGGUUGGUGAAAUAUAUAUUCAAAUGACAGGUGGUGCGGCUCAACUGUUUGGCCGUGCGUGCGCUCGCGUCAACUGCCCUCGGUGCAGCUUGUAGUCGUCCGUAACCAAGUGUAUACAAAGCGCGUUUCCAGUGUUUUGCGAAUGUGACUUGUAGUUUGUCGUGCAGGAAUCAAGUGUGAAUUUGUUUGAAAUAAACGUGAAUGAAAUUAAACGAAUAUAUAAAGUGUGUCAUGUUGAAAGGCCGCCGCUAGUGCAGUGCGACCAUGAGUCCCCGGGGUUGCAUGCUCGACGACGGUCUUGGCUGUAUAGAAAAAGGUUGUGCUCGGGUGAGAACGUCAGAUCUAUAUGGGGCAAUGCGUAUCUCGUAAGGCGGGCGCCGUCAUCGCAGCAUCCGGCUACUCGCCAUCUUACCGCAUCAUGGAAAAGAAGCCCUCCAAGAAGCAGGACAAGGGCUCGGCGAAGAGGGGCCAGCCGCACACCCGCGGCACCGCCAUAUCGUUCGGCUUCCGGCGGCGGGCCGCGGUCUCGGCCAUCCCCGUGCCCGUAGCCGCGGGCAACGCCUACCAGGAGGCGGCCCAGCAGCAGCGCUCCAAGUCCGUGGGCCCGGAGCCCGAGUGGCGCCGUCGCCAGCAGGCCGACGACGACUGCUGCGCGCCGGGCUCGCGCCGCCAGCAGUACUCGUCGUCGGGCCGGUCGACGCCGCGCCUGGCGCCGCCGAAGAAGGAGGCCAGCGGGCUGCCGGUGCGCGUGAACCGGUUCGGCUUCCGCAACCAGCAGCAGGCCCGGCUGACCGCCGACAAGGCCCAGGCCCAGGACGCCUUCCACGCCGAGAGCCGCGCGCGGCAGCCCGCGCACGUCGCCGGCCAGGUCAGCCGGUACACGCUGCACUCGGGCAGCCUGCCGCAGCCGCAGCACGCCGUGGUGACCAGCUCGAAGAUGGCCAAGACCGCGGCCAACCAGAGCCGCAAGGUCGGCGGCCGGGCGGCCGCCGCCGGCUGCAGCUCCAAGGAGGGCUCCGGCACCGAGGACAGCGGCCUGGGCAGUCAGCACGGCGGCUACUCGGACGACUGCCGCGACGCCCGACCGCAGCGGCCGCGCCGGCUGGGCGUGCUGCUCAGCGGCAAGAGCUUCGACGUGCGCGAGCUCGACGACGAGCGGCGCGUCGUCACCGAGAUAUCCGUGAUCCCGCUGCCGAGGCACUUCGCCGCGGCGCAGCAGCUGAGCCGCGCGAGCCAGAGCGCCGGGCCCCACGGCACGGGCCUGGUGCGCGAGCGCGCCAGCCAGUACCAGCGCGCGAUCCUCAGCAAGGACAACCGCUACGCCGACUCGAGCACCUCCAUGUCGACCACCUCGUCCGAGGGCUACGACGAGGGCCUGGGCGAGGAGAAGGCCUGCCGGGACAGGGCGCGCUCGGAGAAGCCGCCCGCCGCGGUGGCGGCCCCGGCGGCCCCGGCGGCCCCGUCGGCGGCGCGCCGCGCGCGCUUCGCCGCGGGCAGCUCGGACGAGCAGGACGAGCAGGACGAGCAGUUCGCCGGGCACGGCGGCGAGGCCAUGGCCGACGAGUUCUCGCUCGGCUCGGCCGAAGACUUGGAGCGGCGGGCCGGCGCGCUGCCCGCCGUGCCCUGCAACACCGUCACCCAGACCACCGUGCAGCACUUCAAGGCCAUCUCGAACGCCGCCAGGUGCGGCGCGCUGCCCAACAGUACGCUGCGCUCGGUGCUGCUCACCAUCGAGGACCCGGCUUUCGCGGCCGUGGCCGCGACCACCACCACCCUCAUCGACGACGAGACUUCGCCGGUCGACAGUCUCUUCGACAGCCCGACCGCCAGCGUGUCGCAGGCCGAGGCCAAGCUGGUCAAGAGGAAGGGCAGCGGCCCGAUGGAGAGCAGCUCGGCCAACACCGUCGACGACGACAGUGCCGACACGCCCACCAACGCCUCCAACUCGCUCAGCUUGUCCGAGGGCAGGGAGUUCUUCGACGACGAGAUUGCCGACCAGCCGGGACUGGUUUUCCACGAGACGCUCAGAGAGGCAUCUGUCGCCAACACCACCGAGCACAGCCAGACCGUCUUGGAGUCCGCGCCCAAAAUCACCGCUCUGCAGGCUAGAAGCGCGGAGAACAGCCCGCUGCACGGGCGCAAAAUGAAUCGCGCUGGCAGCGUCAGCACACUGUCUUCCUGCGAGUCACUCGCCUCUGACGAUCUCAUGAUGGACUACGAGCGCAGCGACGCCAGCUCCUUCGGGGACGUCAGUAAUCGGUGCGUCGGUUCCACGGCGCAGGCCCUAACGUGCUCUUACCUUUACAGGUCAAACUCGAAAUUUCUCAUGAAGGAUCUCGACGAGGCGACGAGUCUCUUAGAAUUGGAAAUACAGGGACAAGAUGUGAUCAGGGAUUGGAACUCUUUGCUGACUCGAUCGCAGCAAUCGCUCACCAAUUCGACGAAUAACAAUGUCAGCCUCGGCCUCAACAAUAAUCAAAAUACUGAGUCAGGAUUGAACAGUAAUAACAGAGCAACAAAGCUAUUCAAUAGUAGGUCGAGCUCGGAAUCGCCAAGGUCCCUGGAUAGUAGGCGACCUCAAACGUUUAGUCCUCUCAGAACGCAACGAAACAUCCAGUCACCGAGCAUAGAUUCCGGAGAUGAAGGAAGUCUCAGAAUGGAAAGGGGAGCUUACAACUACAUGUUUCAGGAUAUCGUUUCGAUAAAAACGAUGCUUUUGAAAUUGAAACGAGUCCUUCAGGAGUCGGAAGAGAACGGUUUGACGAGGUCUGAAACUCUCAACCCAUUCGACAAUACUUUGAAGAAUGCUCUCUUCUACAACCUGAACGACGGCAACACGACGACGGAUGCAUCUCUGAACGACGGUAGAGAAGCUGCCGCCGCCGUAGCAGACGAGCUGGCGGAUUUGCGCCGGCAGGUGGUCUUCUUGCAGGGUCAAGUCGACGAUAAGGAUCGCACGAUAAGCUCACUGCGGGCUCAGCUCACUAAAUACCAAAACGGAACGGCCGAUCUUUCACUGACGACCAACAGCGAUGACGAGGCUACGGAGAAGUGUAAUGCAGCUACGCAAACUGAAAAGCUACGACCAGUGUCUACGGGGCCGUCGAUUUUGCAGUCACUUUCUCAGGAUAGUAAUGGCAUGGGUUCUCUCAUCAGCUGGAAUGAUUCGCGGAGCAGUCAGCAGAGCCCUAGCAGUCAACGAUAUUCGGGAAGCGUGAGCGACCAGUCGGAACAGAGCUUCCCGCACAAUAACUUGAGUAACGGCAAGAUAACGGCGCCAUCGUCGACCUCGUCGUCGCGACGCUCGUCGUCGGACUCCUCACCACAGCCGGCGCCGCGACCCAACAGUUUGCGCGGCCUCAAGAUACCUAACGGUUACAGCGGGUCGCCCCCGGACUCGCCGAAGAUGAGAUCAGCGAUCCCCGCGCCGAGAAGUCGACUCGCUACUCCCACGCUUAUCCCGAGGGCUACGAGGGCUGUGUCUGCCAGCGGCCGAGCGCACAACACGUAGCAGAGCCUCGCUCGUUUUUUGUUCUUCCAGCGAGUUCUCUAUCUGCAAUGCCUGCUUGCAAGCUCUCUUGCAAGUACUUCCCAACGAAUGAGCUUGCUUGGAAGUGUUCUUGCGAUGCUUCAAAUUAUUUGAUUGUGGUUUUACAUAGUAGAUGUGUUAUUAAGUUUAUUGCUUUCAAUCGUUUUGUGCUUCAUUUUAAUUGACCAAACCUUGAAAUUACUGUUGAGUUGUUCAUUUAGUUUACAAUCAUAUAGUUUCCUUGUCAUGAAGUGUCGAAUUCAUUUGUGGAUUUUGAUGUUUUCUUCUACGUUACUUUCGUAUCUUUUGUAUAUAGUGGGUUUCUAAGGCAACGCCUUCGCUUUAUUCACGUUUCACAUUUUUUUUCAUAGUAGCACGUAUUCUAGCGUGAUAUUUUUCUCUUUUUUGAGAAUACUGUAUAUACGAAAAAACUUGCGUUAACUAUUAAAUUUAUGUAAAACGACAAAUUACGUUUUAGAUUGAUUUUCAAUUAGUUUUAUUUGAUACUGAUUCCUUUUCCAGAACUAUUAAGUGCAUAUCCUUUUCGUAUUGUUUAAGCACUUUCAAAGUGGAAAAUCUAAAUUUAUGUUAUAUAGUAAGUAUAAACAAACUGAACUGUCUCAUCGACUUACUAAUGGCACUGUAAAUCAAUAACACGUGAAUAAUUUUUGCUGUAAAAAUGAAACCUGUGCGCACGAAAAAAAUAUCAUCGCUUAAAUAAUAAGGGAAAAUUGAUCAGCAUUUCGAAAGCGAAAUAUGUAGGCUUCUUGCAUGUAAAUGGCAGGGUUUAUUUUGAGCUUUGAUACUUAAAUUUAUAUUCAACUUGUAAAGAUUUAACUUAUUUUUUGUAUUGUUAUCGGUGCUAUAAUUUUAUGAUUAUACGCAAGACGUGCUAGGCAGAUGUAGAUUUUUAGUUUAACUUGGCGAAUGAUGUACUUUAAAAAGUCAAUAAGGAUAAUAAUAAUGAAGUGUUAAAAUCAUGCACAAAUUAUAGUUAUUUCAACUUUUUUUAAAUUUCUUAUUAGCUACUAUUAUUACAAAUCACUUUUAAACUAAUAAAGUUUAACAAAAUAUAAAUGAAUGGAUUAGGCUUUUUAUAACUGCAAGAAAUGAAAGUGAAUUUCGUACAGAGAUCAUGCGUUAGAAGCCAUUUUUAGUGUUACUGAGUACAAUAUUGAUUAAAAUGUUUAGAUCCGGUUAGCUUACAAUUUAGUCUGAUUGAGUGAAAUACCUUAGAGUCAUGGAAUUUCCGGAGCACAUAUUUAAAAUGUUGAAAUUUUGUACUAUACCACUCAUUGACUCAAAAGGUAGCUGCUAAGACUUUUAAUGAUUAUAUCACAGGUAAUAGACAAGAAAAACCGCAAAUAAAUAAGUCUUUGUAAUAAGGUGAAAAAAGCAACAAAAAUGCGGCAAUGAAAAUGACUUAUUUUGAGGACGUCCACCCAAUUCUUAUUCAAAUGAACUGUAAGAAAUAGAUUCUAAACUAAAUAAUCUGAUCAAAGGAAACCUAAUAAUGUAGCAGUUAUGGUAGUAGUAACAUUGGUAUUGUCCCGAUGCAAACUGCAAAUAAAACAAUAAAUAAAGUAUAUUUGCUGAUACAAAGAAUUAUUUGAUCUAUCAGCC